GGCAUAAAAAAAUUUCGGCGUCGAGAUCCAAAAUUCUUCUUUUCCCUUUCUCUUGGGGGGGAACAGUCGACUAGUCUGGCUAAGGAUACGUCGUUACUGUCUCCCCCCAGCCAACAAUCACGUCUUCAGAUUCCUUUGGCAGUCCCAGCUGCUUUGAAUUUUGUUGCUUGCGCAGAAAUGCCGGCAACAAACGGGCCCAACGCCAGCUCGGCGACCCUCGACUACCGAAAGGCAGUUGAGUAUCUCGACGAGUACCAGAGCCGAGAUGGUCUGAGCAUCGACGAACUCAUGGACUCCAAGGUCCGUGGUGGCUUGACGUACAAUGACUUCUUGCUGCUCCCUGGUUACAUUGGUUUCCCCGCCUCGGCUGUGACUCUUGACUCGCCCAUCACCAAGCGGAUCACGCUGAAGACGCCCUUUGUCUCAUCACCCAUGGACACCGUGACUGAGCAUGACAUGGCGAUUCACAUGGCGCUUCAGGGUGGUCUGGGUGUCAUUCACCACAACUGCUCGCCGGAUGCCCAGGCCGACAUGGUGCGGAAGGUUAAGCGGUAUGAAAACGGCUUUAUCCUGGACCCCGUGGUGAUCAAGCGCGAGACGACUGUUGGUGAGGCAAAGGCCCUGAAGGAGAAGUGGGGCUUUGGUGGUUUUCCCGUAACAGAAACCGGCAAGCUCGGCUCCAAACUCCUGGGCAUUGUCACCAACCGUGACAUACAGUUCGAGGAGGAUCUUGACCAGCCUGUGUCAAAUGUGAUGGUCACCGAUCUCAUCACCGCCCCGGCCGGCGUCACCCUGGUCGAAGCCAACAAAAUCCUUGCGAAAUCCAAGAAGGGAAAGCUUCCAAUUAUCGAUCAAGAGGGAAACCUCGUCUCGAUGAUCUCACGCUCCGACUUGACAAAGAAUAUCCACUUCCCACUCGCUUCCAAACUUCCGGAUUCCAAGCAGCUUAUUUGCGCUGCUGCUAUCGGCACCCGCCCCGAGGACAAGGUCCGUCUUGCCAAAUUGGUGGACGCUGGCUUGGACAUUGUCGUCCUGGACAGCAGCCAGGGCAACAGCAUGUACCAGAUCGAGAUGAUCAAGUGGAUCAAGCAGGAGUACCCUGACCUGGACGUCAUUGGUGGCAAUGUCGUGACCAGGGAGCAGGCCGCUGCCCUGAUUGCGGCUGGUGUUGAUGGUCUCCGUAUCGGAAUGGGUAGUGGCAGUGCUUGCAUUACCCAGGAGGUCAUGGCUGUUGGCCGGCCUCAGGCGACAGCUGUCUAUCAAGUCAGCUCAUUUGCCGCCAGGUUUGGCGUGCCAUGCAUCGCAGACGGGGGCAUCCAGAACGUCGGUCACAUUGUCAAGGGUCUCGCUCUUGGUGCAUCCACCGUCAUGAUGGGCGGUCUGCUGGCUGGAACCACCGAAUCGCCUGGCACGUCUUUUGUGUCCAGGGAGGGUAAGCUCGUGAAGGCCUACCGUGGCAUGGGCAGCAUCGACGCCAUGCAGGACAAGAAAGCUGGCGGCGGCAGCAAGGACAGCCAGAAGAGCAAUGCUGGCACUGCUCGCUACUUCUCAGAGGGUGACAGUGUUCUUGUUGCCCAAGGCGUUUCUGGCGCCGUGGCACACAGAGGAUCGGUCUCCAAGUUUGUUCCAUACCUUGCCGCAGGUCUCAAGCAUUCCAUGCAGGACUGCGGUAUGACCAGCCUUAAGGAGCUCCACGACGGUGUCGCCAACGGCAUUGUGAGGUUUGAGAUUCGCACUGCCAGUGCCCAGCUAGAGGGCGGCGUGAACAUGGAGUCUUAUGAGAAGAAGCUGUAUGCUUGAUGGUUGAUUAGGGUAAACGAAAAGCAAAAAUCAUGAUAAGGAAAACGGAAACGAAUGGAACGGUUGCUCAUGAUGGUAUGGAGUUCGUGGAAAGAGGAUGCAGUGCGGUAAUGGUCUCCUUGUGACAUUGGGGAUCAUCUUAAGGCGGCCUUUCAGUAACUAUCUUCCACCAUAUGUUGCUGCUUAUGGGAAUGCGAGCGUCUGUUCAACAUGUGCAUUGCUCUCUGUUCUAUGCUUACGAGAUUGGCUGAAGAGCGUCGACGUUGACUCUGAACUCUACCGCAUAUACCUAGUAUCUAUCAGACAGGAAUGGUGCUUUUAAUCUACCGGUGAAGAAACG